AUUAGGGUACCGAAUAAUGAUGAUGAUAAAAGCUUCCAUGUCAUGAAAUUCAAAUCCUCCAUGAACAUAGAUUUCAGCACUUGGUCACAGGUGCGGAUGGUUCGAGAGAACAAUCAGAAAGUGUUCAACACCUUCCAGGUGGACGACCAACCGAAGUUCGGUGCUGGGUCUGCAUUUGGAAAAGACGCUAAGGAAGAAGCUAGGCGGAAAAAACUGGGAAUUAUCUCAAGAAAAUACAAUUCUGAAGCACAACCAUGGUUAAUGAAGAUCGGAGGGAAAACUGGUAAAAAAUACAGGGGUGUAAGGGAGGGUGGUGUAUCUGAUAACACUACCUAUUAUGUGUUCACUCAUGGAAAAGAUGGAUUAGUUCAAGCCUACCCUCUCUCACAGUGGUAUAAUUUCACACAAAUCAAUAGGUAUAAAACCCUUGAUGCUGACGAAGCUGAGGAGAAGUUUGCCCAGCGGGGAAAAAUAUUGAACAAGUGGGCGGUCAUGGUAAACAAGAAGAUCAAGACGGCGGGGGAGGAGGACGAGGCAGAUCCAGACGAGGGAGAGAAGAAAGGAAAGGGUAAAGAUAAGAAGGAAUUAAAGAUCUCUGAUAUGGACGAUUGGGAAGAUGACGACGACGACGCAUUCAACUCAGAUUCAGACAAGGGACAGAAUGAUGAUGAUGAUGAAAAAGAGAAGAAGAAGGGAGGAAAGGAUUCCAAGAAGAAGACGAAGAAGAAGAAGGAUGAUGAUGAAGCAUUUGAAGACAGUGAUGAUGGAGAUGAUGAAGGGAGGGAGGUGGAUUACAUGAGUGAUGAGUCCAGUGAUAGUGAAGGAGAAUUGGAACAGGAGGCGCACAUCAAGGGUGUCGACCAGGACGAAGGGUUGGCAAAGAUGCUGGACAGUGACUCCAGCAGUGAGGAUGAGGAAAAGAAGAAGAAGAAUAAGGAGGAGGAUGAGGAUGAAGAUGGAAAGAAGAAGAAGAAGGAAGAGGGAGAGACCGGGAAGAAGAAGAGGAAAGGUGGAAGUAAAAAUAACUCGAGAUCAGUUUCACCAGUGGAGGAGGAGGAGGAGGAUAAGGUGGAUAAGGCGGAGAAGAGGAAGGCAAUGGUUGCCAAUAUAUUAGAUCCGUUUGCUGAACCCGCCAGUAAAAAAUCAAGAUUAGAGCAGUUCGGAUCUAACGCAGGAGGGAGCAGUAGUGUAUCCGGGAAUGAAACCAUAUCUGAGGAAUCAGUGAGAAGAUAUCUGAAAAGAAGACCAAUGACAACAACAGACCUUCUGAAAAAGUUCAGAUCUAAGAGGACUGGAAUUCAGAACGCCCAGUUGGUUCAGCUCCUCGCUAAUAUUCUCAAGAAGAUCAAUCCACACAAGCAAAAGGUCAAGGGGGUCACAUACCUCUCACUCAAGGAGAACUAGAUAUGACCUCUCAGGCCUCAAGAAGAACUAGAUCAGAACUCCCUCAAGGAGAACUAGAUAUGACCUUUCAGGCCUCUAGGAGAACUAGAUCAGAACUCUCUCAAGGAGAACUAGACCACUCAAAGAGACCUUACCCAUCUAUAUUCUCCUUGGAAAAUGAAUGAUUCAUUCUGUUUUGAUACACCAUGAUUAAAUCAUAUUUAUUUUCAGA